GGGACCCACUGUCUGGAGUCCCCGUGGUGUGUACUCGGAGGAACCUGUCAGCUCCGCAGACCUCCACAGUGUCCAGACGCUCAGAACCUCUGUCUCAAUGAGUCAAGGAAGCAGGAGGAAUAGGGCCUCCCGCGGGGGCAAGCUCAGCUCGUCCCCUUUCCUGCAGAUGAUACGAACAUUCUUUCAGAAGAAGCUGGUGCGGGAGUUUCUGGCUGAGUUCUUAAGCACCUACACCAUGAUGGUGUUUGGCCUUGGGAGUGUUGCCCAGAUGGUCCUAGGAGGUUCUAUGGGAAGCUACCUCGGCGUCAACUUGGGGUUUGGCUUCGGAGUCACCAUGGGGAUCUACAUAGCCGGCGGUGUCUCUGGGGCCCACAUGAACUCAGCUGUGACCUUCACUCAGUGCGCUCUAGGCCGCAUGUCCUGGAAGAAGUUUCCCAUCUAUGUGCUGGGCCAGUUCCUCGGGUCCUUCAUUGCAGCUGCCACCAUUUAUGGUCUCUUCUGGACAGCCAUCGAGGAAUACUCGGGGCCACACCUGACAGUGACGGGGCCCAAGGCCACUGCUAACAUUUUCGCCACUUACCUUCCUGAUCGCAUGUCGCUGUGGAGGGGCUUCAUUGACGAGGUGGUACUGACGGGACUCCUCCAGAUGUGCAUCUUGGCCAUCGGGGACAAGAACAACAGCCCUGCGCCCGAGGGGACCCAGGCCCUGCUCAUCGGCAUUCUUGUGGUGGUCCUGGGCGUAUCCCUGGGCAUGAACACGGGCUAUGCCAUCAACCCGGCGCGAGACCUGCCUCCACGCUUCUUCACCUUCAUUGCAGGCUGGGGCAAAGAGGUCUUCAGUGCCAGAAACUGGUGGUGGGUGCCUGUGGUGGCGCCCAUCCUGGGAGCCUACUUGGGUGCCAUCACCUACCUCUUCUUCAUCGGCCUCUGGAUCCCGUGGAACCCAAAGGAUAAUGACUUGGGCAACACCGAGAACAAGAUGCCUCUGGAGGGGCUGAAGGCACAGCCCAGCCUCGGCUCCCCCACCAGCCCCUUCCCCGACAGAGCAUCCGAGCAGCUGCAGGAGUCCGUCCACCUCGAGCGAUUUUAAGUGCAUUGUCUGUGAGUCCACCCAAUGUAAUAGAGCAAGCCCUGUCCCCUUGAGGUGCCCCUCCUUUGUGGACCCAGGCUUGCAUUUGCCUUCUGGAUGAUGCUCCCCUAGUUCAGCGGUUCUGCCACUCCGCCCAGAGGCCAGAGCACAGAGACUCUUCCAACUCCUCCUGGGCCUGGGAACUGGAGCACCUCUGGGAGAGAAUGAGAAGGGGUGUUUCUGUGAGCUCACUGCAAGGGGGGAAAGGGAUGGAACCACAAUUCCGAGGU